GCAUACCCUUCUUAGAAGAAGAAAUGUAAAGGUCAUGUACUUAAGACUAGAGGUGAAUCUGUUUCCGAGUUUUGUAGUGAUCUUGGGCCGGGUUGGAUUGGAUCAAAGGUGCAAGAGGAAGUGGCUAAUCAAAGACUGAACGCCCUGUCAUACGGCUUUGGUGACAAUGCCGCGUCAACACACCGCCGUUUCAGAAACUGAGUGAAGAUGCUCUUGGACGCCGGACCACAGUAUCCUACGAUAGGAGUGACUACCUUCGGUUCUUCCAGACAUCACUCAACAAGCGAAGUCACCGACAGAGAAGUGGCUUUGGGGAUAAAUCCGUUUGCCGAGGGGAUGGGUGCUUUCAAAAUCAACCACAGUACCCACGAUUUAGGGUCUGGACAGACGGCAUUCACCUCGCAGGCUUCGGGAUAUGCGGCUGCCGCUCUGGGACAUCACCACCACCCCGCCCAUGUCAGCUCAUACUCUACGGCGGCGUUCAACUCCACUCGGGACUUUCUGUUUCGAAAUCGGGGCUUCGGGGAUGCGGCAAGCGCUCAGCACAGCCUCUUCGCCACCGCUGCAGGCGGUUUCGCGGGGCCGCACGGACACUCGGAUGCCGCGGGACAUCUCCUUUUCCCGGGACUUCACGAGCAGGCGGCCACUCACGCGACAUCCAACGUCGUGAACAGCCAGAUGCGUCUGGGCUUUUCCGGGGAAAUGUACGGCAGAGCAGAGCAGUAUGGUCACGUAACGAGCCCCAGGUCCGACCACUAUGCUUCGACCCAGCUGCACGGCUACGGCCCCAUGAACAUGAAUAUGGCUGCACACCACGGAGCCGGGGCCUUCUUUCGAUAUAUGAGACAACCGAUAAAACAAGAGCUCAUUUGCAAAUGGAUUGAGCCGGAACAGCUAUCGAAUCCAAAAAAGUCUUGCAACAAAACUUUUAGCACGAUGCACGAGCUGGUCACCCACCUCACGGUGGAGCAUGUUGGGGGGCCGGAGCAGUCGAACCAUAUCUGCUUUUGGGAAGAAUGCGCCCGCGAAGGAAAGCCCUUUAAAGCCAAGUACAAACUUGUGAACCAUAUCAGAGUACACACCGGAGAGAAGCCGUUCCCGUGCCCUUUCCCCGGCUGUGGAAAAGUGUUUGCUCGAUCGGAAAACCUGAAAAUCCACAAAAGGACGCACACGGGUGAAAAACCAUUUAAGUGUGAGUUUGAGGGCUGCGACAGGCGGUUUGCAAACAGCAGCGACCGAAAGAAACACAUGCACGUGCACACGUCGGACAAACCCUAUCUUUGCAAAAUGUGCGACAAAUCAUACACGCAUCCCAGCUCCCUCCGAAAACAUAUGAAGGUUCACGAAUCCACACACGGAUCACAACCGUCGCCAGCGGCCAGCUCAGGGUACGAGUCAUCCACGCCGCCAACAAUCGUGUCUCCAUCGACAGAGAACCAGAGCGGCAGCUCCAUAUCGCCAGCAUCAUCGACAGUGCAUCACACGACCAGUCACAGCACGCUGUCAUCAAAUUUUAAUGAAUGGUACGUGUAAAAUACUAUAUAAAAAGACUUCAGACUAGGACUGUUCCGACGCAAAAUUAAACUAAUCAAAUACAUAAACGUGGACCGAAAAGGCAAAAAAUGAAGAAUCCCAAAUCUUCGUAAAAUGGCAUUAAAGCGAAUUAUGAGCAAUGCAUGGACUCGGGAAAACGCUGACUGCCAGUUUUGAAAAUGGUUUUUUGAAGAACUGCUCGCAGGAUUUCGAAGUGCAUGACACACCCCCGGCUCGCGGCCUAUUUUGUACAUAAAGAUUUACUAGAUUUAAAAUGUAAUAUUUUAUUUUGUAAAUACUUAUAUCACAUUUUACGGGAAUGUGUGAAAAUGUGGUCCCUAGAUUUAUGGAAAAUUGAACGGUUUUAAAGAAUUAUGCGAAUAUUAGUGUUGGCUGAUAAGAAUGUUAUAGUUAAUGUGUACCAAAUGUGAAUGACUCCGUAUUACUACAGUCUACUCGUCGACCUAACCGACUAUUAGUUUUAAUGUGCUUUGUAUACAGUGCAACCAUUUCGUCCCAAGUCAAGUCUGAAUAGCCCAGUAAAUUGUUGUUAUUUAAUGUCAUGUCGAUAAAUCGUAUAGUGAAAGCCUGAAACUCCGUGUCAAUCUGUUAAUGUAAACAUUGAUAAAAUAAGUAUUUGUUCACUCCCUUGGCUAUUUCAAAAAAAUAAUAAAUGUAUAUAACUUAAUUUUCCAUAUUUAUCGCAUGUAAAGGGCCGGCAUCUCAUACUAGAAAUGAUCGGUAUUCAUGGAAAAUUGCGUUCGUAUGUAAAUUUUAGUUUUCACCAAUGUUUGGUUACAUUUCGUACAGUAUUAAAGACUAAAAAAAAAGGCGUUCAGCAUUAUUUCCACCAAGGGCUCGGUAUGAUUUAAUCAUGUUCGAGAUGCUCUGGAGAGUUUCGUGAAGAAUUUGGGGACUGGUAAACAUCCUGCGGCCUCUGGUAUGGUAUGCAAAUAUCAUUAAAUAAAGUGUCCACAGAGAUACACAUUUUACCGAGUUUCGCCGAUAAAAGUGUCCGAAGACCGGAAUAUUUCAAAGCAUUUCUUCUGGGAAAUAAACCGCAUUAUUGAUUUUCCACCUAGGAACCUCGACGGCGAACGUUUCCGCAGAUUCCGAUGUUAUUCGGCGUCUAAUUUGUCAAUUAAGAUAAUCGAGUUUUUUGUGCUAUGUUUCUGCAUUUUAUUUAAUCGUAAUUAUCCUUGCCCAGAAAAGCGUACUAACAAAGUCAAAACGCGUCGGUGUAUUAAAAAUUCAAUUGCUGUUACCCAAUAACCGUUGACUGUUGUUUUCAGGCAGUAAAUUCGAUACCCGUUGUUUGAUUUAGUGGGUCUGUGACACUACCAAGACUUAGUUGCAAGAAAUGUUAAGCUUUGUUCCCUUGCAGUUAGUUUGACCGACCCAUUAGUCAGACACCAUUUCAAUGGAGCCGAGUUAACGCUGGCGAUACGCGAGGAGCAAAAGAAGUUUACGAGUGAACUUUACGGCUUGCAAGACUGACAGAACUUCAGAAAUAACAAAAGAACGCAUUAAAACGAUAUCUUGUACUGCACGCAGCCUGCUUUUGUUCGGGUGUUUGUAUGUGUGUGUAUGUGUUCCGGCAAUCUUAUUAAAAAUCCUAAAAAUGGAAAAUUCUAAGGUAGAAAAUGUCCAGUCACAUUUAACGACAUUAUUUUUUUUUUACCAUUUUAUUCAAAUUUAAAUACAAUGAAAGAAGGAAAAUGUACAGUUUGAUGUUUGUUCUUGGAAUGUUACUGGACAGAUGGCGCCACCUUGCAGGAUUAAUGAAAUUUACAAGAAGUAUUAGUUUUGAAGAGAUUCGUAAUCUCUAUGCCUCUCCGUGAAACCAGAAAGGAAAUGUCUUAGAAACUGGAAUCCAUUUGGAGUUGCGUUUCAAUUUAACUGCUACAUAUGUAGGAAACAAGGAACGCAGAUUCUCGAAGUUAUUAUUAUUAUUGUUGUUGUUAUUGUUGUUGUUGUUGUUAUUAUUAUUAUCAUUGUUAUUCGUGUGCUGUCUUGAAAUGUGUGAAUGCCGUUGACAGGGAAUUGUUCAGCUCUGUUUAACACAUUCAUUCGACUGUUGGGGAAACGCUCCGUUUGUGGUCAUUUAUAUACACCGGUGAAACAAUGGAAAGUGUUUAUGAACUGAUUUCUCGUUUUUGUCUCGGUAUGUUCACCAUGAGCCUUUCUUUAGUUGUGUUGUAUAUUAGAAAGUGUACGCGGAACGAACAAAGCUUGCUUUAUUUUAUGUUCUCGCCAAUAUGUUUUCUGUAGUUUAGUCAUAAGCAAAUGCCUUUGUUUAAACGCUGUUAAUAGUUGGCAGUUCGCGGUUUGUGAAUUUCAAGUACGAUGUGAGUGUUUGCAAGAAAACAUUUUUGCACAGUGUUACGCAAUAGCCCAGCAGAUUUGGACCUCUCACGACAUGAAUGUUGUUCAGUUUAAAAAAAAAAAAAAAAAAAAAAAAAAACCAG